AUGGAUGCUGAUGUCAGGUGUCCACAACGGGCUUCAGGUCUAAGUAAUGUUGGCUUGGGCCCUUCUAUAUCUUGGCAUGUUGGAUUUACGUAUCUUGAAGAGCUGUACUUGAAGAGAGUAAUUGUGGAUGGAGAACUUGUUGAGCAACUGCUUGCCAAUUGUCCGGUUCUAGAGCGAUUGACAUUGGAUGACGCUCGUACUUUGAAUAGGCUUAGAGUUUCUGGCCAAUCACUUAAACUAAAGUACUUGCGCAUAGCCUGUUGUGACGAUCUUGAACGUGUUAGGAUUUACAACACGGAUCUUGUGUCCUUCACUUUCGUGGGAGGGCGAUGUCUAUUGCGUUUGAAAAAGCUCCCCCAGCUAUCUCAGGUGUCUAUGAGUGGAAGUAUAUUGGAGCUUGUGCAUGAAUGGUUGCCUGAGCUUUCAAGUCUUCCUUGUGUGCAGAUUCUUGAACUUGAAUUUUAUUAUUCACUUAGAAAUCACCUGCAUAUUCCUCGUCAACUACCUAAAUUGACAAGUGUCAAGCAAUUGAAACUGAGAGUUAAAGGAUCUGGAGAUUUGAGCUUACUUCCGUUGACUGGCGUGAUCGAGGCAUGUCCCUACUUGCGGAGUUUUGUGUUUGAGUUGACGGACCCAUGGUGGAUACCAAACGGGGAGGGAAGAGAGCUGGAAAGAGUUGUUAGACCUCUCCAUCGAUACCUAAAGGAGGUUGCAUUUUACAAUUAUUAUGGUCGAACUUGUGAUCUCGAACUAGUGACUUACCUUAUCGUGAGUGCCAUUGCUCUUGAGAAGUUAGUGGUGAAUACCUGUGACAAAGAAUAUGUCUCGGGCGAAUGGAAAAAGUUGAAAGAAUCUAGAGAACGGGCUUUGCAACAACUCAAGGGAAAGGUAUCUUUAAAGAUUGAUCUCGUUAUUAAUUAACGAAACCCGAGCCUCGUGGUAUUCAUAGAGG